AUGAUAAAACCGAGACUGGAGGUCUUAUUCAAGGAUAAUAUGCUCCUUGUUGUGAAUAAGAUACCUGGAAUGCUCAGUCAAGCUGGUUCACACAGUCGGCUAUCGAUUGAAAAUUAUCUGGAAGAUCUCAAAUAUGACUACGAUGUACUCCCGAAACCUUUACAUAGACUCGAUUACAACACUUCAGGAUGCCUGAUGCUUGGUAGGACAUCUCGAGCAGCCAAACAAUUCAGUAGCGCACUAGCUAACAAUAGAGUAACAAAAGAAUACUGGGGAUUGGUUUCUAAUCUCGAUAAAGUGUAUGAGAAUGAAGGUACGAUAACACAUCCAAUUGCACUCUCCAGUUCUGGUAGACCGUACUUGGGAGGAGAACAGAAAGCUCACACUCGCUGGCAAAUACUGCGACACGAUCCUAUCACUCGAACUGGAUUAUGCAGAUUCAUAAUACAAACUGGUCGCAAGCAUCAGAUAAGACUACACGCAUCAGAAGCUCUUAAACUUCCUAUCAUUGGUGACGCAUUAUAUGGAGAAGGCAAACAAUCGGAUGUUUUGUACUUGCAUGCCCGUUCGUUAGCGUUUGAAAGGUUCUAUAAAAGCAGUUCCGGUAAAGCCUACAAAAGUCAAGUCAAAGUUGAAGCACCAGUACCGCGUGAAUGGACAAAGAAAAUGCUUGAAUGUAAAUUUGAUGAUUUUGUUGAUAACAACUCCCUCAAGGGAUUUGGUUUGUCUUGAUAAAUUCCUCGUCUUCUCUCUUAGAUACUACGAUGUCAUUAAGGGCUGUCUUCCAAGAAGAUGCAGAAUACUCCGAAGAUUUGUUCUCUGACUCUCUGGAGGCUAUUUUUGGACAUCAUCAGCCUAGUCAAGGUGAACCAGGUUCUAAAUUUAUAUACAAAAGUCCGUGGAAGAAUUUAGAUAUACGCAUACCGAAUCAACCCACGAAUGGUUUAUUCUCUCAGAUGCAAUGGGAUUCUGGUUUGUUUCUAUCAGAUAUGAUCAGUGAUAAGAAGGGUAUAUUUAACGAUCUAUCAAAUAAGCGCAUAUUAGAAUUUGGUGCGGGUACCGGAUUGCCCUCUCUCUUGGCUUCUCUGGCUGGUUCUCCUUACGUCGUUUGCAGUGAUUAUGACGACGACUCACUUAUCGAAAAUCUUCGUAGGAAUGUACAAGUGAACGACUUGUCAAAUGUUAAAGUAAUACCGCAUAUAUGGGGACAGGAUGUUUCGCCUCUAGUGAAUGAACAGAAGUAUAACAUGAUUUUAUGCGCUGAUACACUCUGGAUGAGUGAUCAACUUGAUAACCUAUUGAAGAGUCUGAGUGCAACUAUAGACAAGGCUGACCCAUCCUCACGAGUAGUCAUAAUCGCAGGAUUCCAUACCAACAGACCGCCUCUUGCAAAAUUUUUCAGAUUAGCAAAAGAAUACAAUUUAAUCCCAGAUGAGAAUGGCAUAAAGGAAUGGGAUAUCGUUGAUAACACGACAAAAGAAUUCACAUACGAAGGUACACUCGAGCCAUCAAUAUGUUCGAGGUGGAAGAUAAUAUCAUACUUAAAAUAUGUAUCUAAUUGACUUAUAUCUAUGUAUCUAUUUCUCUAGAACAAAUUUACCAUCAACAAUGACACUUUGGAUAUUCGAUGCAGUCCCUGCAAAAAGAUACCUCUCAAAAUCUCUUUUGAGUCUCUCUAACGGAGAUAAGUCUGACUGCUUGACAGAAUUGAAAAGACUUCUAUUGUUUGCUGUAUAAGGAUUGAUAAUUAAAGCAUCAAAUUGUUUUCCCACUAGGAAGUUACCGAUUUGUUUGUCCAAAUCUAAAACACGAGCACCUCCAAGUGUUGCCAAAUAAAAAAGUCUAUCAACCCUAAGGUAGGUAUCUUUUUCGUGUACCAUCGCAAGUGCUUUGCUGGCAGUUGAGGCAGUCCUCAAUGUUUGUAAGAUACCCAUCUCGUAUCCAGCGCUACAAUCACUACCAAGACCGAUCUUCUUCAGGCCUCCAUUGAUUAAUUUAUCGACAUCGGUAAUACCACUACGAAGGUGGAAAUUUGAAGUUGGGCAAUGGCUAAUACCACUGUUGUGCUUCUUAAUUAAAUCAAUUUCAAUAUCUGAAAGAUGACAACAAUGAGCUAGUAUAGUUUUAUCAGUGAGUAACCCUCUAUUAGCAUAUAUAUGUGUGUAUGUUUCAUCAUUUGGAUAUAAUUUCAAUGUAAAGUCAAUUUCACCUUUGUUCUCACUGAGGUGUGUCUGCAUGUGUAAGUUCUCAUUCUUUAUGUAGUCCCCUAAUUGAGAAAGUAGUUCUGGUGAGCAACAAAUCGCAAAUCUAGGCGUGAUAACUGGAUGAACAAGACUAGAUUUGAGUGUAUGUUUGACGUAAUCAACGUAUUCUUUUGUUUGCUCAAAUGAUAUUUCUGCUGAUUGAUCUCUGUAAUAUUCUGGACAAUUCUGAUCCAUAUUGACUUUACCAACAAGAGCACGCUGUCCUAAUUCACUGUCAAUUGAAACUUGGAGAAAUACUACACGUACCAAGGUUAUGACAAGCAGUUGCUAAUAUCUUUGUAGCUUCUGAAUGUAAGCUUGAAUAAUACGAGCAUGUUGUCGUCUAUUUGUUUAUUAAACACUCCAAUUUCAAAGAAGACUCCACUUACACCGACACUCAGCGUCGCUGCAACGACCCUACUGAAAUCCGAUUGAGCCAUUUCUACAUCUUCGUAGUUAGCCUCCGUUGGGAAUGUCACUUCGUGUAACCAAUCGAGCAACUCUAAGUUGAAACCAUAGCCAAUGUUAGCAAAUUGAGGAGCAUGAGCAUGCGUAUCAACAAAACCUGGUAUCAAGAACUCGUUUUCUUGAGCGCUAAUUAUUUCUUCAUCAUUAUACACUUUAUCUGAUUCUAACCUCUCCACUUGAGUAAUCGUACCAUUCUUAUCGACAUGCACAGCUGCUCGUUCGAUAUACUCCAAUUUAUCUGCUUCUAAAGAGUGUAUUAAAGGAUAUAUGUAAAUCGUCAUCGUUGUUUUUGUCCUCUCAGGAGAUCAUAUAAAACUCCAGCUUCGGCGUUAACGUAGAGUUGAUUCCGUUGAUAACGAUAAAUUAAAUCAGUCUCAAGUAAUUCAAUUCUAAAACACUUUAGAGUUGCCUUUUUAUACUUUUACUUUCAUAAACAGACAACAGACACAAGACCUUCAAAUUGAUAGAAGGUAUAAAUUUGCCAAUGUUUGAUAUUAAUACAAAAGAAAUCUGUCUAUAAAUCCUUCUAGCUAUCUAAAUCCAGAUCCAUCAAUGUCAAUCCCUAAUCCUUUAGGAUGUUCACCUAAAAUCUCAUUUGUAUUGAAAUCUCCACCGAACAAGCCAAAGUCAUAAUUAUUAUCAGGCGGUUGUAACUGGUGAUGAUCAAAUAUCUGCUGCUGGGGAACUAUCUGCUGUGGAUUUUGCCCCGGUUGAUUAAAUUGUUGAUUAUGUCUUUGAUCAUUAUUUUGUUGCAAGGGAAUAGCUUGAUUCGGUGUCGUUGAAGCGGGCGUCGCAAAAUUGUUUUGACUUAUAUGACUUGGUGCUGUUGUAAGUGCUAAUGGUGCGGAUUCAAACGAUUGUGCAUGUUCGAAAGACGGUCGACUUUCAAAUGGAGGUGGCUGCGCUCGAUGGUCUGCAGACGUUGAAGCAGAUGUUGGUACUGACGCAGGUGUUGUGAAUGCUGUACUACUUGGUCCGCUACUGUCAAACGACUGGCCUUCGAAGCUCAGCUGAUCAAAAGACAUUUGUUGAUCGAAAGGCAAAUCUAUACUGGAUGCUCUAGUUGAUGGUACAACUCCACCGUACGAAGUAUAGGGCGAACUAACAAUUGACGCACUUCCUAAAUUCGACUGAUCUAUAUUCGUCAAUGAGUUCGGUGUAUGGAAUGGUGGAGUAUUAUUUGGUGUAAAUGACUGCGGUUGACUAAAUUGUGGUGGUAUUGGAUUCGAUGGAUUACCAGGUGUAUUUACUGGAGUCAUUGGUUGUAAUGCAGACAAGCAACUAUCAUUUGUAAGUCUCCGUCGUUUAGGUAUUUCAACCCCAUCAGCUCGGAAGCUUGCAGUUGAGUUUGACACUCCAGCUGCUGCAGUUGCCGUUGCUGACAGUGUAGCAUUCUCAAAGUCGACCUCAUAAGCAGCUGGAUUAUUGAUAUCAUUUAGACUCUCAUAAUUGGUUUCUAACUUAAUUUGGUGCUGCUGAUGUUGUUGCUGUUGUUGUUGUUGCGAUUCCUGUUGUGACUGCUGCGACUGAUUCGCUUGUUGAUGUAUGUUCCCUAAUCCAGGUAUCGGUAAUCCAAUACCAGCUAGAGCAGAUUGCGUGAGUUCUCUAACAGGCGACGACAUCCUCGAAACCAUUGGCGAUCCGUUCGGUGAUCCAUCGAAUGAGCCUAACUUCCCAUUCUUAUCUAUCGGGUCAUAACGUGUGCGUUUUCUUAUAAUGUCUGUCUUCAUGGAAAGUGGUCUUUGAGAUUUAUGUAACUUCAAAUAAAGACCGCAAGCAUUACAUAAACUCUGACCAUCAUCUGCUUUUCUCCACAAUGGUGUUGUAGAGGUAUCACAGUUGGCGCAUGUUGUGGUCGCGUUAUUCAUGUCUACAUCAACUUUGUUGUAACUCGGCCACUCUCCUGGUGGAUGCGCGUGUGCUGAUGAUCUAGUAGACUUCAACGACUUCGGUCUAUGGCUCUUAUGUAGUUUGAAGUAUAAGCCACAAGCGUUACAAAGUAGUUGAUCCUCUGACGACCUCCUCCAGAGGGGUGUAGAGAGAGCGCCACAAUUGCUACAGCUUGGUUGCGCGAGGUUGUUGUUGCUUGGGUGCGAUUGCUGAUAUUGUUGCGGCGGUGGCGGCUGUGGUGGAUAUUGAUAUUGAUAUUGUUGCUGCUGUUGAUUCUGAUCUAAUUUCGAAUUUGCGUGUGGAAUUGGCUGACUAAAUAUAUUCUCAAAACCAGGGAUAGAAUCCAGAUCGAGGUUGAAAGGGUCCUCAUGAGUAGGCGUCGUAGAGCUCAGCUUAGAUGAUCUCUCAUGUCCUUUCCUCAAGACCAUAUCUGAGCUGUUAUUCCUCUGGAAUUUCGGUGCUUUCAGAUCGGACAACUCGACGUUCUUCUCGUUAUUCAACUUCUCAGAAGCAUUCUUUGAUAACUUCUUAAAGUUCUUUGCUGAUUUGUUGUCGUCUACGAGUAGGUUGUGCAUAUAAAGUAAUCUCCAACUCAGAUUCU